AUGCGUUCCGCCACUCUUCUCGCCCUCCUCCCCUUUGCGCUGGCCGCUCCCUCCCGCCGGGCUGAGCCUGCUCCCGUCCUUCGUCCCCGCGGCGUCAAGCUCGUCGAUGGCAAGUACAUCGUCAAGAUGAAGGGCGGAAUCAGGGCUGCUUCCGUCAGCGCCACCGUCUCGACCAUCGAGGCCGACGCCGACUACACCUACUCCAAGAGCUUCAGCGGUUUCGCUGCUAGUCUCAAGGAUGAUGAGAUUGAGAAGCUCAAGAACGACCCCAACGUCGAGUACAUUGAGCAGGAUGCAUACAUCAGCAUCAAGGCUACCACUCAGCAGGAGAAUGCUCCUUGGGGUAUUGCUCGACUUUCCAGCAGCAGGGCCGGAGGCAAGACUUACACCUACGACGAGAGCGCUGGUGAGGGUACUUGCGCUUACAUCAUCGACACCGGUAUUGAUGUUGAGCAUCCCGAUUUCGAUGGCCGCGCCACUUUCCUAAAGAACUUCGCAGGCGGUAGCGAUGGCGAUGGUCAGGGCCAUGGCACUCACGUUGCUGGCACCAUCGGCUCCACCACCUACGGUGUUGCCAAGAAGACCAGCCUCUUUGCUGUCAAGGUCCUCGGCGACGACGGCUCGGGCACCAACUCUGCUGUCAUCGCUGGCAUGGACUUUGUUGCCGGCCACUCGAACAAAAAGGACUGCCCUAAGGGCACCGUCGUCAACAUGUCCCUCGGCGGUGAGUUCUCCAGCGCCGUCAACAAGGCCGCCGCAAGCAUCGUCGAUGCCGGCCUUUUCCUCGCCGUCGCAGCCGGUAACGAGGCCGUCGAUGCCUCCGGCUCCUCUCCCGCCUCCGAGGCCAGCGCCUGCACAGUCGGCGCCACGACCCGCAACGACACUCUGGCCUACUACUCCAACUUCGGCGAUGUCGUCGAUGUUCUCGCUCCUGGCACUGAUAUCCUGAGCACCUGGCCCGGCGGCAAGACCAACACCAUCUCGGGUACCUCUAUGGCUUCGCCCCAUGUUGCUGGUCUGGCUGCUUACUUCCUUGGCCUGGGACAGAAGGCUGAGGGCCUUUGCGACUACAUUGUUUCUGCUGCCAUUGAUGGAGUUGUGGCGAAUGUGCCCUCUGGCACUGUGAACAAGCUGAUCAACAACGGCGUUAGCAAGUAA